ACCGGAAAGGGUGCGAGUCCAUCCUCACGCUAUACAGAUUGGAGGUACGACAGAUGACGUGACGCGCCUGCCGACUUUGCAUGAUUACGUAAACUCUUCAGCGGCUCUCCCCUAAUAACAAGUAGCACAGAAGUUGACGAGUGCCUUUUUUCUCUCCACUACCACCACCAUGGCUUCAAGAACCAGUAAAGAAACAGAGAAGCACUGUGUCCUGUGCUGCCAAGAGGUCGACAUCUUCGCCUUGGGAAAAUGCGACCACCCGGUCUGCUACCGCUGCUCCACCAAAAUGAGAGUGCUGUGCGACCAGAAGUACUGCGCCGUCUGCCGGGAAGAGCUCGACAAGGUGGUGUUUGUGAAGAACCUGGCGGCCUUCUCGUCUCUGCCCUUCCAACAGUUCCCCUGUGAGAAGACGCAUGAUAUCUAUUUCUGUAACGAGAAGAUCUACGCCCAAUACAGGCAUCUGCUGUUGCCAGAGUGCCUCCGCUGUUCAGAACCAAAGGUCUUCUCCAAGUUUGAGGAGCUGGAGUAUCACAUGAGGAAGCAGCAUGAGCUCUUCUGUUGCAAGCUCUGCACAAAGCAUCUCAAGAUCUUCUCCCAUGAGCGUAAAUGGUACAACCGUAAGGAACUGGCACGCCACCGAGCACAUGGAGAUCCAGACGACACCAGUCACAGAGGACACCCGCUCUGCAAGUUCUGCGAUGACCGUUACCUUGACAACGAUGAGCUGCUGAAGCACUUGCGCAGGGACCACUACUUCUGCCAUUUCUGUGACGCAGAUGGUUCCCAGGAAUAUUACAGUGAUUACCCGUACCUGAGUGAGCAUUUCAGAGAGAGUCACUAUCUGUGUGAGGAGGGCCGCUGUGCCACAGAACAGUUCACCCAUGCAUUCCGCUCUGAGAUCGACUACAAGGCCCACAAAGCUGCAGCGCACAGCAAGAACCGAGCAGAGGCCCGACAGAACCGCCACAUCGACCUGCAGUUUAACUACACCUCAAGACAAACGAGGAGAAAUGAAGGUAUGCUGUCAGGUGAGGACUACGACGAGAUGCGUCAGACACGAGGAGGAAGAGGAAGGCCUCAUGGGGGACAGAAGAGCUGGAGGUAUUCCCGAGAGGAAGAGGACAGGGAGGUGGCAGCUGCUAUGAGGGCAUCCAUGGCACAGUGUAGAGAGGAGGAGAGAGGAGCGAUACAGGAGAGGAGCGCUCCCAAACACUGCAGGGAGGAGAGGACCGAGAGAGCCGAACCAGAAGAGCCCAAACACAGGACCGGACACAUCAAGCCAAUAAGCAAACCUCCAGUAAGAACAAUGAAGAGCUCUAAUCCAGGGGAUGAAGAAGAUGACUUCCCAGCUUUAGGAGCCACAGCUGCCCCGACCAUUGUAAAACCAGCUCCUGCGAUGGUAACAACAGCCCAUGCUGCUUUGAAGGAAGACGACUUCCCAAGCCUCUCGACUGUAGCGGUCGCGUCCCCCAUGACCCCGGCUUACUCUGCCCAACCGAGGAAGACUUCCUCUUUCCACGAGGAGGAUUUCCCCGCGCUUGUGUCCAAAAUCCGGCCCCUCAAACAUGCGGCUGGCACCAACUCUGCUUGGUCCAACCAUACCGCUGUAGCUAAACCCCAAACUCAGCCUCCCCCAUCCUCCAGGCCUUCCCCUCCUCUCUCGUCUGUAUCCUCUGGCCCUCAGAUCCUCUCCUCCUCCUCCAACUCCUCAUCUUUGCGGAGGAAAAAGAAGUUACAGGAGAAUGAAAUAUCUACCCGGUCAGCUCCUCCUCCUCCUUCUGAUGAUGAUAUCAGAGGGUUGACGCAGCAGGAGUUCCGCUCGGUGCCCACCAUGUUGGAGAUCUCCUCUCUACUCACUGUCAAAGGAGGCAAAAGCAAACCCUCCGCUGUGACCUCCAACCCUCCAAACCCAACCCCCAUCCCCGAUCCUUUUACCUCUAAAGCCAACAAGAAGAAAAAACAGCAGAAGAACAUGUCUGCUCCCUCUCCGCCCUCGUCUUCAAUGUCGGGGACGACACAGACUGUAAAUACAAUCUCUGUGGAAACGGCAGCACAAAAGGAGAACGUCCCUGAGAAGAGUCGGAACAAACCCCCCUCCAGUGCUGUGACGGCGACUCUGAUGAGUGGAUUGGCUAACGGACACCCUGAGAAGUCACCACCCGUUCGUAAGGAGGUCGUUGUGAUAACCCCUCAUCCCAAAGCAGACCCCCCUCUUGAGCAGGAGGAGGAGUUCCCUGCUCUCAUGACCAAGAACCCACCACCAGGCUUCAAGUCCUCUUUCCCGCUGAAGGCCUCGGCCCCGGCCCCCGUCAUGCCCCCACCUCCACCCGGUCUGGGAAUCUCAGCCCCCAAGCCUCCCCCGGGAUUCACUGGGAUCCCCCUCAACAGCAACGUGGUGGAGCCUGCGCCGCCUGAAGUCAACCCGCCCCCCAAGGUGUCGAGCAGUGGUUACCUGGUGCCAGACGACUUCAAUCAGAGGAACCUGGAGCUGAUCCAGUCCAUUAGAAAGUACCUUCACAACGACGAGUCAACGUUCAACCAGUUCAAAAACUACUCUGCCCAGUUCAGACAGAGUGUGAUAUCUGCAGUCCAGUACCACGGCAGCUGUAAGGACCUGCUCGGUGAAGACUUUAACCGCAUCUUCAACGAGCUGCUGGUUCUUUUGCCGGACACUGGCAAGCAGCAGGAGCUCCUGAACGCCCACGGGGACAGCCGGGCGCUGGAGAAGCAGUCGGGCGCCGGAGGAGGAAAGAAGAACAAGAACAAGAAGAACGCCUGGCAGAUCCCGACCACGAUGGCGAACGCAGCAGCUGAGCUGGACUGCCAGGUGUGCCCCACUUGCAGACAGGUACUUGCCCCGAAAGACUUCAACUCCCACAAGACCAUGCACAUCAGGGAUAAUGAGGACUUCCCUUCCUUGCAGUCAAUUAGCCGUAUCAUCAGCUAGCCCUUCGUUUUUCUUUUUUCCUCCAAAUGCCAUUUUGAGGUUAUUUUUCAGUUGCAGCAGCCAGUGUGGAAAACAAUGGCUCAUAAAACAUUUUUUUUUUAAAGAUGGCAGACGGUGUUUUUACUUUCUAAGGGGAUUAUGUUGAUGGGCUUGUGUUUAAACACCCAGAGCUGCUCUACUUGUUGCAUCCUUUUGAGGACGUCUCCAGCUGGCGCUGGCAACACAGGUCCAACCGGACCUGUCGAUUUAUUUAAUGAACGAGGAGAAACGAGACGAGGCUUCACUCGGGAACACCUUUUGCGCUCUACUACGAAAAAUUGUAUUGAUUUACUUUUUUUUGUUUUACCUCGCUUUGUGUUUUUCUCUCUCGAAUACAAUUAUGACUAAAUGUAUUUUGUUAACAUCAAAGCUGAUGAAGUAUGUAUGAUUCCCCAGCGGGGCUGUUUGCUCAAAAAACAAAAUAAACAAACAUGAUCGGUUCAACUACA